AAUUCUGAAUAUCCUAGAGCUACAGAUGAGCGGCUGAUCGCUGUGAUCAGUGACUGACAGUCGUUGAGAGCUUCUGCCGAUAGAUCGCGAUGGAAUCACUCAUUUGUUGUCUGCUGUUCUUCACAUUGAUCUCUCAUCAGGUGUCGUCCGUGGAUCAACAGACAGUGUUUCGGUCCCGGCGGUGGGCCAAUGCACUGCUGCUACGCUCCAGACGGGCCAAUGCAUUCCUGCUGGAGGAGAUCCUGCAGGGCAAUCUGGAGCGCGAGUGCUUUGAGGAGAGAUGCAAUAAAGAAGAGGCCAGAGAAUACUUCGAGAACAACCAGAAGACAAAUGAAUUCUGGAACAAAUACUAUGAUGGAGAUCAGUGCCGCUCGAACCCUUGUAAACAUGGCGGCACCUGCAGGGACGGGAUCGGCAGUUACACCUGCGCAUGUGAGGAGAUGUACAGCGGCAGCAACUGUCAAACCGAUAAAUCCCAGUGUCCGUCUGCUGGGCCUUCUGCAUGCGAGCAUUUCUGCAAACCGAUGCUGGGUUCGUACCGCUGCUUCUGCGCGCGCGGAUACACGCUUCACAGCGACGGCAGGAGCUGCUCGCCUCACGUUCAGAACCCGUGCGGGACGACAGAGGCGUCCAGCUUCUGUCCUGAUGGACGCUGCUCAUGGGAGGUGAAGUUCGUGAACGCCAGCGGGGAUGUUGUGUGUCACGGUGCGGUUCUGGGCCAGAAGUCUGUGCUGACGUCGGCCGCGUGUAUGUCUGCGCUGAAGCACCUGCAGGUCACUGUCGCGGGCCGUCACUCGAGUGCAGCGCUGCGUGUCUCCAGCUGGACGCCGCACAAGCGUUACGUGUCCGGUCCGGAGGAUGACCUGGCCUUCCUGGAGCUGCAGGAGCCCUUCACACAGAACAUGUCCAUCGUCCCGCUCUGUCUGCCGGAGAAGGACUACAGCGAGAACAUCCUGAUGAGGGCGGGCCGAGAGGGCGUGGUCAUGGGCGGAGCCACACACGCUUACCUCUCAUUGGACGACUGUCGUGAUGCUCUCAACCUCAGCUUCCUGAUGACCAAUAAGAUGUUCUGCAUGCAGAAGCCGCAGUCUGAGGUCUCGGCCCGGAGCGGAGCGAAGGUGUGUGAAGUGAAGUCUGGGAGUCCUGUGGCGACGGUGGAGGGAAAGACGGCGUUCCUGACCGGUGUUUCUCUGACCGCUGGAGGCUGCGAUGAUGGACUGCUCUUCACCAAACUCUCCCGAUACCUGCACUGGCUUCGACCGCUGCUGCUCGCCGCCGAGAAAUGAUGAAGAAACUACUCUGACAAACUGAGAACACCGGCUGAUGCACACGAGCGAAUCUCAUGAACAUGCAUCAUAUUCCACCAUACAAUAUAGAAAUUACAUUGUGCAAGAACCCCCCCCCCCAAACAAGUUCUGAUUACCAUAAUGCAAAAAUAUAUGAAUAUACAGUUUUUGAACAGUGAGAUUUUUAAUGUAUUUAAAGAAGUCUCUCCUGUUCACCAAGCCUGCAUUUAUUUGAUCCUAAGCACAGCAAAAGCAGUAAAAUUUUUGAAAUAUUUUUACUCUUUAAAAUAACUGUUUUCUAUUUGAAUAUAGUUUAGACUGUAAUUUAUUUCUGUGAUGCGCAGCUGUAUUUUCAGCAUCAUUACUGCAGUCUUCAGUGUCACAAUAAAUGCAUCAAAUAAAUGCAGGCUUGGUGAACAGAAGAGACUUAUUUAAAAACAUUAAAAAUCUCACUGUUCAAAAACUUUUGACUGGUUUUGUACAUUUGAAAAUAUUUAGGGCAGCUUCAUGUUCAGAGUCACUGUAAAUCAGUUUGAUUCCUUCGCAACAUUGAUCUGUUUGUUUGAGUGACAUGUCAACUUCUGACUCAGCCAAUCAUCUGUGUUUGGGGCGGGGCUAUCUGACUGACUGACCAAUGGCAGACGAGAGUUUGAAAAAGUCAGUUCAAUGUAAUGAUGCUGAGUUCAAUCAUGCCACCAUUUGUUGUUUAUAGUGAUUUCAAAUAAUAUAAAUGCAUUGCAGUUAUGAGAACCACAUACAAAAGAAAACUUGUAAAAUUUGUAAUUUUUUGAAGUUGUAAAUAAAGCUAUUGUAUGUUUCACAAGAAAAUACUAUUUCAGUUUAAUUCAAUGUUACUCGCUGCGUCUUUGUAACUGAAGUGUGAAAUUUACUAGCAAUUUUUCUGAGUGAAAAUGUUUCAAAAUAAAUCGCACACCAACUGUGUUUUUAGUGUAAAUGCUUUACUGUUAUAAUUCAAAUGAAAAUGUUACAAUAAAAAAAAAAACAAUCUUACAUUUAAAAACAGGCUUCCCCUUCUUCAUGCAGAAUAUUAUUUUCUUUUUUCAUGAGAUUUUGAGGUGAAAUAUUAUGAUCAUGCUCAGUUCUGACACACAUGAACCUUUACUGCAUGUCUUAUAGUGACGUGUUGUGAGCCGCAGCAGCAUGAAAUAAAACACACAAUGUACA